UCUUCCUCUUCCGGAAGAAGCCCUAAAUUCCUGUGUGCCUCUUCUUCCCCUUUUUCCAUCCGGCGACUCCUGUUCUCACGACUCCGACCACCUCCGUACCUAACGAGAAGAAAAUGGGUACCAAAGAAAUCUUGAAGAAAUUUGACGGGCAGAUUAGCCUCUCGGUGGAUAUUAUGAUGAACGAAAAAAACUUUGAUCGUUAUCUAUGCCUUUCGGCACAUUUUGUUGAUGAGAAAUGGGAGCUGAAAAAGCAGCAGGUUUAUUUCCGUUCUCUUGAAGAUACCAAUGAUCUCCUUCCUGAAGACGAAGAUUGGGGCAUUUUUAGUUCCCUUAAGAAAUGGGGCAUUGAGGACAAGGUAUCCACACUCACUAUGACCAAUGAUGGUGUGUAUGAUGAGUUAGCUGGAUUUGUGAAGGGUCGGAUCCAAGAAAAGAAAGAACUCCAACUUGAUGGUCAGCUGUUUCGCGUGUAUUGUUGUGGGAAAUUAAUUGGUGAAAUGGUGAAUGGUGCGUUUCAAAAGAUUCAAGAUAUCAUUAACAAAGUUGAUCCAUUGUAUCCUGUUGCAAAUUUACCAUUGUGGUAUCUCACUAGUAGCAAGCUAAAAGAAGCUCUGGAGUUAUGGUCUAAGGGAGAAUUCUCCUCGGUAGAUGAGACUUUUUACGAAGUACCAUCCGCUGAGGAAUGGAAGAAAGUUGAAGGUGUUUGCAAAGUUUUGGAGAGCGUAUAUAUGGUAUCAAAUGCAUUGUUUGAAACAAAAGAUCUAACUGCGAAUGUUUAUCUUUAUCGCCUUGAUGAGCUUCGUGAUGUUCUGACCCAAAUGCACAAUGACUCAGACAGUUUUACUAGAAAAAUAGCUGAGGGCAUGCUGAGUAAGCUUGACAAGUACGUGAACAACAUGUUUUUGCAUUUGGCAAUAGCUGCUGUGCUGGAUCCUCGGUUAAAGAUGCAAUUUGUAGACACUGUUUGGUCAAAAGUUAAGGGUGCAGAGGGAGGCUCACGAGUUGCAGCUGUUUCGGAGGCCAUACACAAAUUGUUUGAUAAAUAUUCGCUGGACGUGCAAAUGAAUAAUCACCCUUCAGUAGGAUCGGACUUGGAUCUCUAUUUGGGAGAAGCUGUUGUGCCUUGGAGUCAGAGUUGCACUGCAUUGGCUUGGUGGAAAACCGCAGCUGCCCGGUAUCCUACUCUUUCCAAGAUGGCACGAGACUUUUUGGCCAUUCCAUUUUCUAUUGCAACUUCAUAUGAGGCAUUCUACAUUGAACCAAGGCCAGCCAAGAAAAAUUUAGUUGGCUUGGAGCCAGGCCUGGCAAAUGCCUUAUUAUUCGCCCGAUCGAGGCUUGUUUAGUAGGCAUGGAAGAAUGUUUAACAGCAUUUGAUGACUUGAACAGGUACUUGGCUUUUGUGAUGACCUCUAUUUUGGAAGACUUGGACAACAAGUGUGUUACUUUUGAACUCCACUAGAGAGAUUGAACAUCUCCUUUUGUUUUUUGGUUGUAACUUGCAAUUGUUUGUGAACUUGUUUCCCUUGGAUGGUGAGAACUGGUUAACUUUAUGGCUGGAGAUGGUUUAAUAUAUGUAUCAAGUUGAGGUUGUUUACCUUAUUUCUUGUAUUUGU